UCCAUCCUGCGGCUCUUGGACAUGCUGUGCGUUCCCGGCUGGGAGCCUUCGUGCUGGCUGUCCCCUGGGCCCGAGAGCGCUCCUCUCCAGACACCUCAUGGCUUCUGUUCCGCUGUCCCCUCGCAGAGAGCCCUGCCCCGGCCCGCUCGGGAACAUUUCUCGUGCGAGCACUUCCGCUGCCUGCUGUCCUGCUAUCUGUUUAGUUAUCCCUCUCCGCCUCUCCUGUUACAAUGCACGCUCACUCAGGGCAGGGUUUUUGUCUGUUUCGUCCACUGCUGUGUCCCCAGGCACAGAGCCAGCCGUAAACAGGUGCCCAGUCAAUGCCCGAGCCAGUGCACGGAUGGCUCACGUGUGCUUCCGGGAGUGCUGAGGGCAAGGGUCCCCCAGGGCAAGUGCUCCGCACACAGUAGGUCCUGCCAGCCAGCCAGCUUCUUACUGUGCAGCAUAGCCGGCUUCCCCUCGGGGCUCUCCCAGCUGGGAGGGGCACUGAUUCUCAGUCUAAACCCGUGCCCUCUGAGCUCAUGUCCCACGAAUUCUGUCCCCAGAGGAGUGGCCACCCACACCUCGCUGACUCCACAGCUGAAACGGCCAAUUAGAGCCACAGCGAGGAUGAAAUAUAGCCCCAGAUCAAUCCUAUUGAUUCUUCCCCUCUUCCUGCCCGGCGAGCCCACGUGGCCUGCCAGCCUCCUCGGGGACUUGGGGAGAAGGAGAGCCAUGGGCGCCUCUGGAGAACGGCCAUCGCGUGUGAUGCUGAAACAUCUCCAGAAAGGACCCCUUCUCCCCUGCCCCCGGCCCUCUCCCUUCCUCCCGACCCGGCCCCCCUGCAGCACGGAGGAAGGGAGCCUGAUUCCUGGGCCCUCCCAGUGCCUUUGUGGCAAGGACAGCUCCUCGCUGCAGGGCGACACCUGGAGAGCGGCCAGCAGCUCCGUCAGCAUUGGAAGGUAGCGGCCAGCCUGCUGCCAGCCGCCCUGCACCGGCCCACGUGCCUCCCCUGGCUCCCGGCUCCCCCGGGGUGCUCACGGGUCUUGGGGUUUACGCCGAGGCUUGGCAGGUGGAGGUGGGAAGAAACCCGUUCCGGCUCCCCCUCGCUGGUCCUGUUUCCCCGUGUCUCUCUUUGUACGUGUCCCUCUGUUUCUCCCUUCAAACCAAAGUCUUCAGACCAAAGAUUCCCGCUAGGGAAUCACGGUGGGAUCAGCCAAUCCAUCACCCAACCAAUCAAUGUCCCCUCUCUGUUCUGGGCCGUCACAGGCCUGCCGCUGGUCUGCCCCUCUGCCUACCUCGGACUCUGUCUGUCUCAGACUAGCUCUGGAGUUAAUACUCUGCCUGUGUUCGAAUCCUGGCCCUACUGUGUGGCUCCGGCAAGGAGCUCAACUGCUCGGUGCCUCAGUGUUUUCAUUUGUAAAAGGGACAUAACAGGGCCUCCCUCUUAGGGGUGUGAGGAGCUAGUGAGACAUCCCACAGUCAGACUGCAAGCACAGUGCCCAGCACAGGGUAAAUGCUUAAGUAAGUAUUAGCUGCUAUUUAA